UUCACCUUCUUCUCAAACCCAACAAAAGAAAAAAAAAACAAAUUUUAAAGUACAACACACCUUCAAAAUCCUCUCUUCAAAUCUCCAAAACCCUCUUAUUUUCUUCUCUUUGGCCUCAAUGGCUUCUUCUUCUUCUCAAAAGUUCAAUAUUCUUUCAAAGCUUUCAACCGUUAUCUUCUUCCUCUAUCUCUCCACUUUUGCUUCUGCUGCAACCCUAAAAGUUGGUUUUUAUCGUUCAUCUUGUCCCAAUGCUGAGGCUAUCGUUAAGAAAGUUGUAAACAAAGCCAUCUCUCUGAACCCCGGUGCGGCGGCCGGCCUCAUUCGAUUGCACUUCCAUGAUUGUUUUAUUAGGGGUUGUGAAGGUUCUGUGCUGUUGAAAUCCACUCCUGGACAUCCAACUGAGAGAGAUCAUCCUUCAAACUUUCCAAGUUUACAAGGUUUCGAGAUUAUUGAUGAAGCCAAGGCCUAUCUUGAGUCUGCUUGUCCCAACACUGUCUCUUGCGCUGACAUCCUUGCCUUUGCUGCUCGUGAUAGCGCUCGUAAAGUUGGAGGAAUUAAUUAUGCAGUACCAGCUGGUCGUCGUGAUGGACGCAUCUCAAUAAAAGAAGAGGCCAGUCGUCUUCCUUCUCCCACCUUCAACAUUGAACAACUCACCCAAAAUUUUGCUGAGCGAGGGCUAUCGAAGACAGAUAUGGUAACUCUUUCUGGCGCCCACUCGAUCGGAGCAGCUCGAUGCCUCACCUUCUCCAAUAGGCUUUAUUCCUUCAACGCAACCCACAAUCAAGACCCUUCCAUGAACCCAAAAUACGCAGCUUACUUGAAGACCAAAUGCCCACCACUAACUAGCAACGUUGGAGGCCAAAAUGCUCAGCCGCUCGAGGCGGCCCUUGACUUUACGACCCCGAAUCGUCUAGAUAACCAAUACUACAUCGGCUUGACUAAGCAUCAAGGACUAUUGAGCUCUGAUCAAAUAUUGUUGAGUAGCCCUUCCACAUCAAAAUUAGCGUUGGUUUAUGCAAAGUAUGGCUCGAUAUGGGCCUCCAAUUUUAAGAAGUCUAUGGUUAAAAUGGGUUCCAUUGGUGUCCUCACUGGAUCACAAGGCGAGAUUAGGCGUCAGUGCAGCUUUGUGAAUUGAUAUAUACAUAUGACUACGUUUUGAAUUAUUGUUUGUGUUUUGUGAAUUAUUUCUUGUUUUUAUUUUUUGUUUGUUUGAAUUCACUAUGUUAUUUUCUAUGUAUAUGUUUAAAUUUUAAUGUAGCUAAUUUGAGAGAGUGGAUGUUUUCUCUUGUUUUUGGUUUGUUAUUGUUGUAACUCUUUCAUGCAUGUAUUCAUGAUUUUGUAGUUGAAUAUAUAAUAUGUAUUCUUGUUGAAAAGCA